GUCGAACCCUAGCUUCCCAAAAAUCUUAUUUCUUCCUUUGGCCGUUGAUUAUCUCUAAGAUUUCACAGAAUUCUUCUUAUCCAUUCCUUAUCCAUUCAAAGUUUGGAUAGCCCACAACAACACCAGAAGAGAUUUUCGGAUUUGAAGUUCUUAUCAAGAGUUGCAGAGGAUUUUCGAAGUCGAUUCAAAUUGGGAAUCCUAAUAUUUUAAAUGUAUGAAUCUAGCCUUAAAAAAGGGGAAGAUGUGUAAAGGCUAAGGUAAUUUUAGGAUUCCAAUUUCAAAUAGGAUUAGAUUAUUAUCUGUAAUUUUGGGAUUGGGAUUAGAAUUGAGAGUUAGAAAAAGGGUUGGAGUCCUCUCUAUUUCUGUAUAAAUAGGGGGGCACCUUCGGCUUGAAAGAGGAGGAAAAAGAAGGAAAAGAAGGAUCCGAGGGCGAAGAGGUGGAAAAUUGGGGAAAAAUUGGGAGAGAGAAGGGGAAAAAAAUUGGCGAAGCUUGGAAGGAGAAUUGGAGAGAUCAAGAAGAAGUACAGCAGUUUGUAACUAGAACUUCAAGAAAAUAAAGCUUGAUUUUCCAUAUUUUUCAGGUAAUUGAUUAUUUUACACAUGGAUUCUUUGGAGAAAAAGAACGGUAAGGGAAAAAGGAUGAAUUUAGAGUUAGAAUGUCCACCAUUAUCCAAGAAGAACAAGUCACACAAGGAUGGAUUCUCUGUGCAGACCAAAAGACCUUGUGUAAAAGACUUGGUUGCUGCUUGGAAUAGUCUGAGUAAUCUUGACAAAGUGAGGUUUGACAAGAAAUUUGGUAGAAUUGCUGAUGUGUUGCAAGUAGAGCCGGACUGGGAAAUCAUUAGGGCAAGCCUAAGAUUUUAUGUCCCGCAUCUUCGUUGCUUUGUUUUUCCCGAGUUUGAGUUGAUCGGUCCCAAAAAGAAUUAUCCAAGAGUUCGUUCACCUAUUCGCACUAGAGCUCUUGCAAGGAAAAUGGUUGACGAAGCUAAUUUAGAGAAGGUAGCUUUGGAAAAUCGUGUGGAAAAUAUGGAAAAUACUUUGAAGGAAUUGAUGGCUUCCUUUCAAUCUCUUCAAGCAACCUUAGUCACAAGGGCACCUUUGACAACAAAUCCUUUAUUUGAAGGAAAUGUUCCGGUGGCAAAUUUCCCUAUGGCCACAUCUACUUUAACUCUUGGGAAGGAGCCUAUGUCAUCUGGCCCUCCUGAUCCAAUUAUUGGUGGAACUUCUGGGACAAAACCAUUUGUUCUAAAUGCUGGUGUUGCUACAGUUCAGUCUAAUGAUCAAGAAGAGAUUCCAGUUGUCAGGUCAAUCACAGAGGAUGAAGACAAGGCAAUUAAAGCGAAGGUGCAGUUGAUGGAGGAAACACUAAAAUCGAUGCAAGGUGUCCAAACCAAUAAACCGGUUGACAUCUCAUCUUUGUGCUUUUUCCCAAACAUUCAACUGUCCCAUAAGUUUAAAUUGCCUGAGUUUGAUAAGUACAAUGGUACUGGUUGCCCUUAUGCCCACUUGACAAUGUAUUGCAGGAAGAUGGCUCCUUAUGCCAAUGAUGAGAAGCUAAUGAUACAUUACUUUCAGGACAGUCUGACAGGUCCUGCAAAUGCUUGGUUCUCUACUAUAGACAAAACUCUUAGUAGAGAGGAUCUUCAAAGAACAGAGAAGAAAUCGAGUGAAAGCUUUAAGGGAUUUGCUCAAAGAUGGCGUGAAUUGGCUGCUCAAGUUCAACCGCCACUAACUGAUCAUGAACUGAGUAAUUUAUUCAUUAAAUCAACUAAAGGGCCUUAUUGUGAAAAGUUGAUGACUUGUGUAAAUUACACUUUCGCUCAGUUGGUUAUUGUGGGAGAACAAGUGGAGGAUGGAAUCAAGUCUGGAAUUAUUAUGGAUUAUCAAGCAAUGAAGAGUAUCCUUGAACAAUACCGAAAGGGUAGUUCAGGGGUUUCUAGUUUGAAGAAAGUGGGUCAAAAUCAAAACAAGGAGAAUGAGAAUGGCACUAUAAGCUCAGUUUAUGAAACAUAUGGGAGAAAUAAUCAGCCACGUCCUCGGGGGCAAUUCAAUAAUUCUUUCCAAGCUCCAACUUAUCAACCGACAGUUUAUUCAAGUCAGCCAAGGCCAAUUUAUGCCUUUGGUAUCAAUCAUCUGCAACAAAAAAUGAGACGACAUUUCGACAAGCUUCCUUUGUCAUACACUGAAGUGUUUCAACAAUUGGUAGCAGCUGGUCUUGUUACUCCCGUACCUAUGGUGCCAUUAAAUCCACCAUUUCCAACAUGGUAUAACCCACAAGCAAGAUGUGAAUACCAUAGUGGAGGUGUUGGACAUGACCUUGAAAAUUGUCUUGCUUUAAAGCACCGUAUCCAAGAUCUGAUAGAUGCAAAGGAGUUACAGAUUGCAUCAGAACCAAAGGUUGUUGGUCCGAAUAUCACUAAAAACCCCCUACCAACACAUGAUAAUUCAACAGUCAAUAUGAUCGAGAAGGAUUUUGAGGAAGGUCAAGAGGUGGCUGCAAUUGCUUUUAUCAAUCAAGUUUCAUCAAUUCCUAGACAGCCUUUAAUAUUGAAGCGACCAACGCUUACAGUUCCACUCAAACAAGGUUGAUCUUAGAACUGCUACUGAUGAGGGCUUGAAUAAGUGAAUAAUGGAGUUUUUCCCUAUUGCUAUCAUUUUGGAAUGAGAUGUGUGCAUUGUUAAUUUUUGGGUGUUGUUCUGUCAUGUUUUUUUUCUUCGUAUCGGUAAUUGCUUGAUUUCUUUGUUAAUUUGUUUCUUUCAUGGUUCGUCUGUAAUUGAUCUUGAGGAAGGAAAUGUUUAUUGGUUGGCCUUGCUGUAAACAAGAUUCCACUGAUUUUCCCCCUAUAGCAAUCUGUUUCCUGUGGUUUAGUCCUGUGUUAGUCAUGAAGUUUUUUUAGGAUCUGUUGUUAUUUAGCUUAAGAGAUGCAUUAGAUAGGAAAAGAAUAAAAGGAGUUUUCUUAA